ACGUCUGCUCUACUAAUGCCGGAAAUUUGUAGAUCAUUUAGACUAUAACAUGAGUGAUCAGUCAAAUAAUUGUGGCACACUUGGAUUUACAAUGAAAUUUUAGUUAUUGUUCAGAAGUGAUUGAAGUGUUAGGCAACUGAGAGUGGUGAAAAUCGCCAUUUGGUCUGACUGUUACUAGCAAACUUACCUGUGGCUGUGGAAUCAGUUCAAGCUGAAGAACCAAGCAGAGGAGAUCAAAAGAAACUCCAUUCAGUCAGACCACUGAUCUACUGAACAAUGUCCUCACUCAGAAAUGCUGUCAAAGGACAGAAGUUCCACAGAGAGAGGCAUCAGCCUGCAGCCAGACAGCACCUGGGCCUUCUGGAGAAGAAGCGUGACUACAAACAGCGGGCCAACGAGGAAAACAAGAAGAAACAUCAGCUGAAAGCUUUGAAGCGCAAAGCCCUCAACCGCAACCCAGAUGAAUUCUACUUUCACAUGGUCAACUCGAGAACAAAGGAGGGACGUCACCACGAGGUGGAGGCCGGCGACGAGCUGCCUGAGGAUCAGCUGGCGCUGCUGCAGAGCCAGGACAUCCGCUACAUCCGACAGCGCCGCCAGCUGGAGACCAAGAAGCUGGCCCGGCUGACGGCAGAGCUCCACCUGCUCGACGCGGAGGGAAAACCCAAAAACACACAUGUCUUCUUCACCGACGACAAGAAACAGGCCCGCACGCUGGACGUGGCCGAACGACUGCGCACGGCGCCCGAGCUGCUGGACCGGGCCUAUAACCGUCCCACGGUGGAGCAGCUCAGCGUGAUGAAGGCCCCGCGUGCAAUGGACGAGGAACAACUCGACCGGAUCUUGGCCGAGAAGAAGGCCCGCUACAGUGAGCUGGCCAAGCGUCUGGAGCGGGAGAAGACGCUGUCACUGAUGGAGCGGCGCAUGGAGCUCAAACGGCACCUGCAGAAUAAGAAGGAGGAGGCGCCGAAAAAGGUGCACCCGGGCAGCUCUACGCAGGCGCCCGUCUACAGAUGGAAGACCGAGCGCAAACGGUGAUAGACCCGCAGCCUAAGUCAGAGUAAGCCUAUUUCACGCGGCAGGUGGCGCUGAGAUCGACGCCUAGUAGACGAAUGGCGCUGAUAUCGUGACAGUGCGGUGAGCUGGGAGCUUGCCUGAUCCUGGAGAGAGGGAUCUGAACUGGCUUCAGCCGUGUCAGGUUUGUCAUCCACCUAUUUCUGGUAAACCGUAAGAAAAAAAUAUACUGUAGCUUUGUUAA